AUGCCGUGUUGCAUCUCCAUCAUCAACUUCCAGGGGUGCCGCCAUUUGUCAGCUUUCAACUCGGGCUGCACGAGACCGGGCUGCGAGGGCCUUUGCCCCGCCUCGAAGCAGGAGGUGCUCGUCAGCACCAGCUUUCCCUGGUUGUGCGCCGACUGCCAUUUCCGCCAAAUCGCAGAAGAGGAUGAGGAGCGCUUGAAGUCGUGGGUGAAGCGGGUGCGUGCCAUUCAAGCGGCCGGACCCCCCGAGGACCAGGGCGUCGAGAACGGCGCCUAUCGGCUGGAAUCGCUGCAGGCUCGGGAGCGUUUCGAGCUGCAACGGUUGCAGCUGUGGAGGAAGGCGCGCGGCCGAGAGAUCAUGGAAGUCUUGUCUUGGACCGAGUGCUACGGCAACGCAAUCUGGGCGCUUGCCUGCGCGUCGAUGCGGGAAGUGGACGGAAACGGAGACGGCAAGGCCGACGAGGCCAUGGAGGAACCGUCGCAAGAGCAGGGGGAGAGCACGGCAUGGGCCCUUGAGCAGCGCAUCAUGCACAUGCGAUCUUCCAAGACACCGCACUUGACGGUGUUGAGAGACGCUCUGCGAGCAAAGGACGAGCUGCGUCAAGAACUCGAGGAGGCGCGGAAGAAGAUACGGAGGGGUGGUCAAGCGCUGAUGAACGCCUACCUGCUCCCAGAUUCGCCAAACCUGCCGAGACCCCCGUGA